AUGGAGGCAGGAAUAGGUUCUUCCGCAGCGAUCGGCGUUGCAACGCUCACAGCGAUUAACCAUCUGCAUGAACUCAAUCUAAGCGCGCUCGACAUCGCUCGAAUCGGGGGGAUUGUCGAGAACCGUAUCGUUGGCGUGCCGUGUGAAGCCGUGGAUGCAAUCACUGUUGCCGCCGGACAGAAGGAUACCCCACUUUCCAUCCGCAGUCAACCGAAUCAGAUACUUGAAACUGUUCCCCUCCCCCUGAAUACGAUAUUAAUCGGCAUCCACAGCAGAGCGCAACGGACCCUAACUAGUUCAGCCUAUGUUGAUGCACGUACCGCGGCGUUUAUGGGAUUGACAAUUCUCCAGAAGACCCUCGAUCUGGAGGAACUACGCGAUAACUAUCUAUGCCGGUUGUCCGUUAAGGACUUCCGUCAAAAGUGCUGGAAGGUCUUGCCGGCACGGAUGAAGGGGGCAGAUUUCCUUGACCGAUACGGCGAGACGGUUGAUCCCCUCAUAAAGGUGGAGCCUCAAAAGGUGUACGGUGCUUUUGCUGGGGCUUUAGGGGACAACUUGAGUGAUAUUAUUGACGCGCCCACAACGGAAGGGGUUAAGUAUGCGGGUUCAAAACUGAAACUCCUGCCUCACAUAUUGCAACUGGCAAAGAGGACCGAUGCCAAGACCGUCCUAGAUGGUUUUUCUGGAACGACGCGGGUGUCCCAAGCGUUUGCUAAAGCAGGCUACCAAGUAUUGUGCAACGACAUCGCUGCAUGGUCUGAGGUGUUCGGGGUAUGUUAUCUGCUCAAUCGCAAAAGCAAAACGGAUUACGUUGAACUGAUUGAAUACCUCAAUGAAUUGCCUCCCAAAGAUGGAUGGUUCACAGCGCACUAUGGAGGGAAUCCGUCGUCAGCACGGACAGAUGGACUCAAGAAACCGUGGCAGACCCGUAACACGCGGAAAUUAGAUGCGAUACGGGAGGAGAUCGAGCAGCUUCCCCUGACGAAAGUUGAAAGGGCGGUUGCACUCACAAGCCUCAUCCUCGCGCUUGAUCGGGUUGAUAGCACUCUUGGGCAUUUUGCUUCAUAUCUCAAGCAGUGGUCGCCUCGAUCUUUUAAUGAGUUGACUCUUGAAGUGCCAAAUCUCUUUUGCACCGAGGAACAGCACGAAGUGUCGCGUCAGGACAUCUUUGAAUUGGUAAACGAUAGAACUGUUGAUCUGGCAUACUACGAUCCGCCUUACGGGUCUAAUAAUGAGAAGAUGCCUCCCUCCAGAGUCAGGUACGCCUCAUAUUACCACCUCUGGUCGACAGUAUGCCUUAACGAUAAACCGGAGUUGUUCGGUAAGGCACUGCGGCGAAAGGAUACAUCGGACACUUUGGCUUCGUCUGUGUUUGAGGAGUUCCGAAGAAAUGGUUGCACAGGACGGUUCAUCGCGGUUGAGGCUAUUGAGCGGUUGAUUCGGAACACGCGCGCUCGAUGGAUUAUUCUCUCUUACAGCUCGACGGGACGCGCAACCGCCGGCGAACUCAAUGAAAUUCUUCGGGAUAACGGUUCUCUCGUUGAAGUCGUUGAAAUAGAUUAUAAGCGGAACGUGAUGGCGGGGAUGAAAUGGACCCACGAUUGGGUGCGGAAUGCCGAUCUGCCGAAUCGAGAAUUCUUGUUUCUAAUCGAAAAAGGCACUGAAGUCCUGAUUACGCCCUUUGAUGAGCAGGACCGUAUUGAUGAAGAUGGCUUGAGGAGCGUCGUCGAGUACAAUAUCAACGCCGGCGUCCACGGCGUAGUGAUAGCGUUCGCCACAGAGAUUAUGAAGCUCACUGAGGCGGAACGGUUGCAGAUUGCCAAAGUGGUGGUUGAUCAGACGCGCGGCAGGGUGCCGGUCGUGGUGAACACCGGUGCGGUCUCAACCGCUGCAACCGUGCAAAUAUAG